AUGAUCUCCUCACAGAAGCGGCUGCAAAAGGAGCUAUUAAAGAUUGGGAGCAGUGGCUUGCCUCCUGGUAUCACACUCGUAUCAUCGGAGAAUCUUGAAGAAUGGAUAGCCGACAUCCAGGUUCUUGACCAGAAUCCUCUAUACAUGGACCAAACCUAUCGACUGAAGUUUAGAUUUCCCCCAACUUACCCAAUUGAGCCGCCAGAAGUCGUGUUUCUUCAAGGCCCUGAUCGGCCGAUUCCCAUGCACCCACACAUCUACUCCAAUGGCAUCAUCUGCCUUGACCUACUUGGGUCACAAGGCUGGAGUCCCGUCCAGAACGUUGAGAGUGUCUGUAUGAGCCUGCAGAGCAUGCUGACCGGCAAUACGAAAAAUGAGCGGCCGCCUGGCGAUGCCGAAUUCGUACGAACCAACCGUUUACGGCCCCGUGAUAUUAACUUUUACUACCACGACAAUAAAGUAUAA